UGCCUAGUGUAAAUAUUUUAUGUGUGCUGCAUGCAGAUAUUACCUAGAGUUUCUCUGGGCUAUUCUGUAAUUGCCACGGUUAUUCAUCAAGUGAGAGAAACUUCAAGACAGUAUCUGCCGUGUUGAGCUGUAUCAUUUAGAACGACAAAGAAGCCGUUUUCGUACUCAAAGACCCAGUCGCACCGUACUCACUCACUGCCCCUGAUCAUCAUGAGAGGAGAUGCGAAGCGCACGCUUUCGACGCCUGUGGCAAUACCUGAGAAACACCAAUUCCAUCACAGUCACACCGUCGGUGAAAUUUCGACAGGUAAUGGAACUGAUGAUUGCGGAGGUAACCUUUCUCCUACGGAAGCCGCCAGCGACGUCAAUAGCAAUAAACCACCGCAGCGUAGGGCGCCCAGUUUGAAAUACUGCAGCUCUAAGUACCUUUACUCGGCCCAGGUUCAAACUGAUAUGGCGAGAACCAGCGGUGGAACCAGUCCCAACUCACCCGUAUCAUCAGGGCUUUAUUUCCCUCACUCUUUAUCCCCAAUACGCUCUCGUGCGAAUUCAGAAAAUAAAAAGGACUGGCGCCCACGGGAUGGCGACACUUCCUUCUCUCCUAACCCACGCCCCAGAACGUGGAGCAUGCCGGCAAAACACUGCCGCCGACGCGGCCAAUCGGCGGACGAACCCCUGCCACCGGCCGUGUGUGCCAUUCCGGAGUACGCAGGGAACGGUCAACUUCAGCGCGUGCGAUCGUUUACUUUGUCGUCAAAGGGCCUGAAAAAUAGAGGGGACUCCUACAAGAAAAAGACCACCGGCAGCAACCAGAGCAUGGGGCAGUUGGACAAUUUCUGCUCUCUCGUCACAGAGGAGGAGUUCCGCCAGCGCACCUCCAGUGUAAAUUCCCAAGGAAGUUUGACGCACAGAAGUUGCGGAAGCGGCUCGAGCGAGUUUCGCCCGUCCUACAAAGUGGUGAUCUUUGGCGCCGGGGAUGUGGGCAGAACGUCCCUCACGAGACAAUUUAUGACCUCAGAAUACAUGGGGGCCUUCGACGCGAGUUUUGGUAAGAAAAUUCCACUUUGGCAUUUAGAGUGA